AUGAGACCCUCUCUUGCUCCGUCGCCGUCCACGGCCUCCUCAUGUUUUCGGCCUCCCAGCCCCACCUCCUUUUUACGCCACAGCCGCUUCCCGGCUGGCGGCCCUGUGGGGGCUGGCGGUGCCGACUAUUUGAGAGCGCUCUCGACCACAGAAGUGGGAAGUGCGCUUCCUCCCACCCUCUGGCACAGUCAGCUGCCCAGCAAAGCUAAGCGGCUCCAAGACCCAGAACAGGCCUUGUUCCCUGGGUCGCCCAACCCAGUGCUCGUCGCUCUACCUACGUUUCCUGAUGCCUACAUUUCCUGA